AAUGGCGUAAAGCCUGGGCCUUUGAAGUUCGUGACGUGUGCCGGCGUCCUUUAAAUGUCAGCGCCUAAUGAAGUUUUACCUCGAGAGGAACCCUUUCCUGCCCCGCGGAAGCGCCCCGUAAUUACAUUCCACGGAGAGAUCUAAGGCUGUUUCACUGCUUCCGAGGACGGAGUUGGACAGACUCGCUCAGCGCCAGGGUUGCCUGUUUUUGUUUUGACUGUUCAUAUGACGAAACUUUGACUUAUGGCCCAUUGAGCGUGGAACGUUUUCUUCAGAAUGACUGUUUGCGCGUUGGAAUGGCUGUUGGUCAGGUCACAUGGAGGACGAACGGCCAGUGUUCGACAGUCUCAUGAAGCAUGAGUUUAUCAGUGUGAUCGUGCGGGACCCACAGUUUCACAGAGAGGAUUUCUGGCAUUCGCACUGUGAUUAUGAGAUCCAUCUACAUACCAACAGCAUUUACUUCAGGAGGAAGCUGUCCUGUGUGAGGAGACGGUUCAGCGAGUUUGUGUGGCUCCGCCAGAGACUACAGAGCAAUGCCGUACUUAUGGACGUGCCCAAGCUGCCCCCCUCCAUCCCCUUCUUCAGCCUGCGGAACCCUCUGCACGUCAACCUGAGGCUCAACGGGCUGCAGAGCUUCCUGGAGAUAGUGCUGCAGGUCCCUCUCCUGCUCUCAGACAGCUGCCUGCACCUCUUCCUGCAGUCGGACCUGAGCGUGUCUAAGAUGGAGGCGUGUGCGUGUGGGAGGACACGCUACUCCGUGGCUCAGGCCAUCCAGCGCAGCGCCCGCCGCCAACACCCCUCCCCCUCCGACGACUCGGACAACGAGAGCACGACCUCUUCAGCAGGCCUGGACUACAGCAGUGAGGGCCACACCCAGACUCCACCCCUCCCUGGCACUGACUCCGCCCCUGCCCUGGCCCUGACUCCGCCCCUGCCCUGGCCCUGACCCCGCCCC